AUGGCUUCGCCUGAUUCAUCUCGUGUUGGAGUUGAACCUACGGCAUCUGAAGGUAGAGAUGGUAAGUUAUAUGAUUCGAUAUUGGCCACAAACAAAGUUAUAGCAAGUAGAUCAUCCGAUGAGCUUAGUAGAGAUGGUAAGUUAUAUGAUUCUAUAUUGGCCACAAACAAAGUUAUAGCAAGUAGAUCAUCCGAUGAGCUUAGUAAGUUAUUACCAAAAACAAAUUUGUGUACUAAUUUAGUGAGAUCUACGUCUACUGAUGAUUCACUGAUUAAGAAAAGAAUCUCUAUGAGGAAGCGUUUCUUAAAGUUCAAAGAACGGGCCAUCACUCUUAAGUUUAAAGCAUUUCAGUAUUCCUGGAAGGAAUCUCUCCGCUUGCUCUCCGUAAGAUCCGGUGCAAAGUCGCAGAAGAAGUUUGAAUCGAUCUCUCGCUUGGGAUAUAUCGAUUCUCAAAAGCACCGUAUAUCUAACCAUUCUCGUUCAUCUACUCCUGGUGGAUGUUUGCGUCUGGUUCCAACGAAAGAGGUAGUUGAGUAUGUGAACAAGAUGCUUUUAGAUUCACGUGUCAAGACCUACAGGAACAUACAGAAGAUGCCGACGUUUAUAUUAGACAAGAGGGAACGAAUGGGCUCUAGGUUUAUUUCGGAUAAUGGAUUAGUGGAGGACCCUAUUGAUGUUGAAAAGCAAAGGGCCGUUGUUAAUCUAUGGACCGAAGAAGAUAGACAAAUGUUAUUAGAUAAUUAUGCUUUGUUUGGCAAAAACUUCAAAAAGAUUGCAUCUUUUUUUCAACACAAAACAGUUGCUGAAUGUGUUGAGUUCUAUUACAAGAAUCACAAGUCUGAGAGUUUCCAAAAAAAUAAAGAAGAAUUCAAAAUUUUGCGAAAGGGAAGUCGUGUGAUGUUAAUACUAACAGUACGUAUUUGGUGA